AUGACCAAAGGGUCGUCGCCCAAAGCGGAGGCACCUCCAAACGGCGAGGCGCCGCCAAGCUACACCUUGGCAACGGGAGAUGUUGCAGACGCCACAGAUCCGUCUCCAAACAUCGACGUCACGGCCGCUUUUGCAAAUCUCUUCGUCUCCUCUGGCCCCUCAACUGGCCGCCCCAAUAUCGAUACCACUCUCGCGCAUCUGAAGCUUCUCCACGCCAUCGACGCCCUCAAGGAAGAUGUUGGUUAUACUGACGGCCUCUUUGGCAUCUUCGACAACCGUGCCAAGUGGGACACUGAGAUCCUUCAUGGCUCGGCUCUGCCUCCAGGGGUCAAGCUAGACAAGCUUGGUGAAAAUGAAAGAGAGAAGCUUGCUCUUAGUCGUCUGCGCGAAAAGCGAUGGGCUAUCUACCUUGCACGAGCAGUGGAUAGAUAUGAGGCAUGGUGGAAUGCAAUGGCCCAGGGCAAGACCAUGUUGACCGAAGAGGAUGUGUUUGCACCGGAUAGCCCCAAGUAUAUUGGCUUUACAACCAAUGGGACACCAUUGCCUUGGAUCAGAGAGUCGAUUCCACCGCUAGACGUCCUCAUGGUUAUGCAUGCCCACAUGCUGAACCCUAGGGCCUUCCUUGAAGACACCUUGCGCGCCAACAUGGUCGAGUACUGGAGCGCCGGCAUGCCAUGGAAGGCCGUGAGUGAAGGCAUCGCCACUGAUUUUGCAGAAAAUCCUAGUGAGGAGGCGAAGGAAAACUGGCUUUCCCUGACAGGACGCCAAUGGAGUAACUCGGCAGAUCCCAUGAACAAGCUCCUCAAAUGCCCCUGGUGCAAGGUGGACAUGCAAGUUCCUUGGACCACUUGCGGAGCCCUCGAAAAUGCAGACACGUCUGUACCGAUGGGAGUCCUUGGAAACGGAUAUGGCGACGGCAACUUCUCUCACCAGUGCCCGACCUGUAACAGAACCGUCAACAAGGAAAUUCUUGCCCUCUCCAAAUUUGUUCAAGACACUACUCUUUUGCUUAGCAAAGGCGUGCCAAUGCCCGGCACAGUCCUCGACAUACAAUCCGGCCGGCCAUCUACUCCGCCCAACCCAUUGCUCGUUCCAAACUUCACUCGCAACUUUCCAAAUCGCAUGAUCCAGCAUGAGCUGCGCAUCAAGAUCGUGGAGCUCCUCGACCCAACAGCGGAAGGCUCCAAAGCCUCGCCAUCAAUCGCCGACGUGCGAGAUCUCAUCGAGAAGACUAUCCGGAGUAACGAGGCAGUUCGUCGAAUCGACGGCGCCGUAGGCCACGCGGGACUCCAACUCGUGCGGCGCGAUGCCAAGAUUACCACCCGCAAAAUGAUGAGCCGCUAUUGGGAGAAUUUCUCCCCCUUCGCGCUCGAUCUGUGUGGUGCGGUUAUGCGCCAAGGCGUCUUCGUCGAGAAAAUGGUCAAGCUUGACUGGCUGCACAGCCCAUCCGCCAAGUCCACUAUGCUCCGUCUCAUCACAAAGUACGAUCGCUUCAUGCGCAUCAUUAAAAAGUAUCCCCUCAAGAUGGCCGUUCCUACGCUAGAUGUAGAUCUGGCUUGGCAUACACACCAGCUGAGUCCGCAAGAUUACUACGCUUUCACCACGAGGGAGACGGGAAAGUUUAUCGACCACGAUGACAAGAUUGAGGAAAAUGAACUGAGCGACUCAUUCGAGUGGACCACCAAGACGUAUCAAGAGCUUUACAAAGAAGUAUACAGCGAGUGCACAUGUUGGUAUUGCGAAACCAUACGUGACUCCCAGGGCUCCAAAAUCGGCAAAAUUCUCAAUGUCUCGUCCAGCCAAAAGCUCGCCGACUCAUUUCACGAUUCCGGCAACGCCAAGCUCUGUCCCCCCGAUAACUCGGCACAUAUCUCGGCGCAUAACUCGGUCAGGACUCUCUACACCCCCGAGCGCGCCGGCAUCACGGACUAUAUCCGCGCCCGCCAAGCACGGAAGCUGGAUGAGGCCUACCAGAAAGCGGCUAAGCGAGCAGAGAAGAAAGGAAGGGCUCUGCCGCCCAGGGACGAGUACUAUGACCAUUGGGGAUACAACUACUACAUGUAUGGUCCGUUCAUGUACCCCAUCUACUUCGCUCCAGGAGAUGGAGCCUGGGCCAACUGCGCUGCCGGAACCUGUGGAAACGGGAACAUCGCCGCCGGAUCUUCCGGUGCAUGCGGAGGAGGAGGUGGGUUUGGUGGAGGAGGAUGUGGUGGAGGGGGCUGUGGUGGAGGAGGUGGUGGUGGUGGAUGCGGAGGAGGAGGCUGUUAA